AUGUGCAAACGGCUGACAUCGCAGAAUGGAAGAGGGUUGGGGGACAGGAGAGAGUGGUAAUAGUUCAGGAGCUAGUCAGUUCCUUAUGGGCUAGCGAAGAGGCCGGUGGUGUUCCUUAUUUCGAUUAGCCAACACAAGGUUCUUGUCAAUUUUCUUUCUUAAAUCGGACUACUUGCUUCUAUGUUUCACCGUAAACAUAUGAACUGUCUAGUGAAGGGCGAUGUAUGAAACCAUAACACGACGGGAUAUUUUUAUCAAAUCAAUUGUUUUAAAGGACCGAAAAAUGGACUUGCUUUCAGAAAAGAAACUUUAAUAGUUUCUACGUGUAUUUUGAUAUUUUAUACUAAUCUGUCUUUAUAAAGCAUCGGCCUGUUUCCAGAACGAGAGAAUUAGGUUGUUAAUCACAGUCUAUACAUUUUGUGUACUGUAAUCUCAUUAGUUACAUUUUGAACAGAAAGUUGAGUAUAAGAAUAUUUUUGUACAGUGCUAGGAGGGGAAAGUGUCUGUGAUGCUUCUGCCGAAGUGAUGUAAUUUGCUGGUUUGUUAUGAAGUAAUAGUCGCUUUCGAAAUAUUAACAGUAAUUUCGAGCUUGUUAUGUCAGCUACAUAUUAGAUAUGGGACAGCAGUAAAAAUGAAAAUUGUUUUAUGAAACAGCAAGUGAAGUUGAUACUGAACAUGGCUCAAAGAAGGACAUAUUCGCCAGUCUAGGUCUUCAACUAGCCACGGAAGCAGUGAUUAGCUGUCACCAUGCCAGGCAUUGUCGUGUUCAAGAGGCGGUGGAGUGUCGGAAGUGAUGACCUUGUGGUACCAGGUGUUUUUCUCUUCGUUCUCCAUCUAAUAUGGAUUGUUGUGCUGUGUGUGAUGCUGGGUAUUGUGGAAUUCGAUCGGUCUGUGAGAUGUGUAUCCCUCCUGUGGGAGCACAUGGUAGGGUACCUAGCUAUUCUUACCAGCUCCCUGCUGGUUGAGUUCUUCAUCUCUGUGGUUGCCAUGCGAGGCAGCAUCCUGGAUACUGAAGCGAGGGCACCCAUGCAGUACCUCCUCUACAUACGUCUUGGAAUCAUGUUAAUGGAGAUUGUGUGGCUGGUGUUGGGAGUCACGUGGCUCACAUAUCACUACAAUGACUGCCCUGUUGAAGGAGCCAAAGAAGCAAUUCUGGGAAUUGUGAUAUGCAACUGGUGUGUGUUGCUGAGCAUCGUCAUCACUGUUUGGUGCACAUUUGAUGCAGCAGGGCGUUCAUGGGUCAAAAUGAAAAAGUACCAACGUAGCAUGCGGGAAUCUGAAUCCAGGUUCCAGUAUAAAAGAUCAGGCACUAGGCACCGCAACUGGAGACAGAGAAAGGUGAUUCGUGCUUAUCAAGACAGUUGGGAUCACAGAUGUCGUAUACUAUUCUGCUGCAUGAGAAAUUCUGAUAGGAAUAGAAAUUCAUUUACAGACAUUGCACGACUUCUAUCUGACUUCUUUCGGGACCUAGAUGUUGUUCCAUCAGAUGUCGUAGCAGGAUUGGUUCUACUGCGCAAAUUCCAGAAGAUUGAGAGGGAAGCCAUAGUAAAGCAGCGCAAGAAUGACACUUAUGAGUACCUGUCAGGAGUUGCAGUAACAUCUCAGACUCAAUUCCUAGCUCUGAAUGAUCCAGAGCAUUUUGAGCACUUCCAAACUGUGAUCCAUUAUAUGCACUUUGCUCUGGGAGCAUAUGGGUGGCCCAUGUUCCUCAUGACCCACAGUGGCACUGGUGUUUGUCAGUUGUGCACUCGGCUCAGAUGUUGCUGUUUCCCUUGUAUGGGUAUGAAUGAUGGUGCAACAGUUGUGUCAGAUAAUUGCUGCCAAUGUAACUAUGCAGCACUGCGCCGGAUGGUUGAGAUUGGUGAAGUGGAAGUGAUCUAUGCAACGUACCAUGUGGAUGUGGGCGAGACUCCGUUCUUUGUAGCUGUUGAUUUCACUCGGCACAAAAUUGUAAUCAGCAUUCGAGGCACACUGUCCAUGAAGGAUGUAAUUACUGACCUGAAUGCAGAAGGAGAGCCAUUGCCUUUGAACCCACCAAGAGAAGACUGGUUAGGUCACAAGGGUAUGGUUCAGGCAGCCGAGUACAUCCGAGAUAAAUUGGAAGAGGAGGCAAUACUGGCACGUGCAUUCAGCCAUAAUGAAGAGCGGGGGACACGGGACUUUGAGCUGGUCCUGGUGGGUCACUCGCUUGGUGCUGGUACAGCUUCCAUUCUUGCAAUUCUCCUGCGGCAAGACUACCCCACAUUGCAGUGUUUUGCAUAUUCACCGCCGGGGGGAUCUCUGAGCAUGCCAGCUGUGGAAUACACCAAGUCCUUCAUAACUUCAGUGGUUGUUGGGAAGGAUGUGGUUCCACGCAUUGGAUUGCAUCAGCUAGAAUCCUUAAGGGCUGACCUCAUUAACACCAUCAAGAGAAGCAAAGACCCCAAGUGGAAGACGAUAGUCUGUAGUGUCAUAUGCUGUGGUUGUGCAUCGCUACCAACUUCAGCUGCUGAGUUAAAGGCUGAGGACAGUCAGAUGACUGAGUACCUGAAAGCAAAAGGAGUAGCACGUGAAGUGGCUGUUCACCCCUCUGAUUCCAGUAUUGCACUCACACUCCAUCAGCCGCUGUACCCACCAGGCCGCAUCAUACACAUAGUACGACACCACCCCACAAAGGGAGAGCAGAAAUACGAGAAAAGAUGGAGGCAAGUGUUAAACAAGCAUGAACCUGUGUACCAGGCAGUAUGGGCAAACAACACAGAUUUUGAUGAGGUUCUUAUCUCACCAGUCAUGAUCCAGGACCACAUGCCUGACAACGUCCUCAAUGCACUUAACAAGGUUAUAACAACUAUUGGUCCUGCCAAGCCUCAGCGUGCUGUGUCAUCCUUCAACAUUAAUUCUGCAGUCACAUCAGCAGAGCAUCUGGAUUCAGAACACUGCCACUUGUUAGCAACAAACUACACUGCCACCAAAGGUACAGCUGUGCCUGGAUCUCCAAAAGCAGCCACUCCACCCCACAAAUUGUGUCUUGAAACAAGCUUCACAUCACUGCAGAGUCCAUCUUCUGAUAUUCAUCAGAACCACAGUCUCAACUCUUCCACCUGCAGUCAAAAUGUGUAUAGUACUCUGGAUGCAGCUAAUGGACGUGCUCUAGCGAAGACCUUUAAUAAUGGACACCCUAAUAUCACUUCACCAUUUGCACUCCAUCCAGUCCUCUCAUGGGAGUAUGCAUCCCUUUUGGAGGAGCAGCUCCUACAAAGCUUCCAUAACUGCAGCAAUGUUGGUAGUAGUGGUGUUAAUGGUGGUCCUUAUUCUUCCAACAGUGGACGAGUGACAGACUCACUGAAGACAGUGAAAGUUGAUUUGAUUCAUGAUGACUGGUUUGGCCUAGCUCCACUAGCAACCCCAGAGUCUCUUUCAGAAGUGUCUAGCAUUAGCUCCCGAACUAGUAGUCUGAUGCUCAACAUUGACAGAACACUCAAAGAUAUGUUCGGACACCAUAGGGGGUGCAUGAAUGCUUACGUAGGCUCUAGGCUAGUAGAUAGUGGCGGAGGAACUAGUUCAUCUCCAUUACCAGUACAUGCAGAACUUGGAAGUUCAGUCGGCGUUUCAUACUUGAACUCAAAAUCUCCGAAGUUCUUAAGAACAUCGAAUGGCAUAAGUGGUUUAGUAAAUAUAAAUUCUAGAGUCCGAAAGCCAUUAUUUGAUGCUGCAAGCAGAAGAUUGACAAAUUCAUCAUCUGGGGAUGAGGACCUUAGUUUUGAAUCUGCUCAGCAACAUAUUUCAAGUGAUGAUGAAAAAUCAACUCCUGAUAACUGUAACAACUCAAAUAGUGAAGUGUUUGUUAGUGUUAAAGGCACUCCAUUCUCAUCUGCAGACUCGGUUACUGUCAGCGUUGAUGUUCACCACGAUGAGAAUCCCCACUCUCAGGUUAAAGCCGCUUGUUCUCGUCCCUCCCAGCCGCUGCAUUGUAGUUCCAUUACAUUCCUGCAGCCCGCUUCUCUAAGUAGUGUACUUUCUCCAGCAGACAACUCAAUGGUAAUCAUCAGUUCAUCCCCAAAGCAAGUGAAAUUUCUCAGUCCACAAAAUUCCCUCAGUGAUGAGUCAGCAGGGGAUGCAUCAGAAAGUCCAAGCUGCCAGCAGGAUGCCAUGUUUGUUGUAACUGAGCAAGCUGUUGUUGAUGAUGGUAGGAAAGUUAUGGUGCAAAACAAUGACUCUACAUCAAGCUUGGAAGGUAUGAUGGUCUUGCAUCUUGGCAGGUCAUCCAACCAUGUUCCUUCUGAAGAUGAUUACAAACACAAACCAACCAGAGAAAUGCUGCUUGCAGACAUCAGGCACAAUCUGGCAGUAGGUGGUUCCAAAGAGGACAGACAAAGAGAUAAAGAAAUCCUUAAUAAGAACAUUAUGUAUUUUGGGAGCAGUAUUAGUGCACUUAAACCAAACUUUUCUUCUGCUGAUACAAGUCCAGUUACAGAUGACAACAGUUUCUGCAGCAGUAGUACUGGCAAUAACAAUAUAAGAGAUUUCCAGCUGUGCGUUACCAACUCUGAGAAUUCUGUAUUUAAGAAGCAGAAUGGUGACAUUGUGUCUUCAUCAAGAGAAGAAGAUCAAGUGUUGCGACAUACAAAGGACCAAAAUACAGUGUUGUGUUCAUCUGGUGUGGAGACUGGUCUGAUAGCUUCUAAAAGAAACCUGUCGGGGCAUGAAACAAGCAUGGCUCACCUCCAGGCCAUGGAGUCUUUGCCUCUGUUGUCAAAUAUUGGAGAGGUUCAUGACAAGGCAGUUAAUGCUCAGAAAAAGUAUACGUACCCUAUCACCUCACUGGGUAAAGGAGAAAGCAGUGUGUAAGCCUGAUAUAAACUGUUUGUCUGUAAAUUAUGUCAUAAAGAGUAAGAUUAAAAUUAAAAAUGUAAAUUUGAAAAUAUGAAAAUGAUGAACUAUUGUCAGGUGUACUACAUAUACACACACCCCUGAAUAAGUUGAAGAAGUACUUGCUCCAUUGUGGAUUAGAGACCUUCAGGUUCUUAUCAUGGUUGCUACAUAACUGAAGGGCUUGUGCAUCAAUUGAUAUUUGACUCUUGUAAUUCCCUUUUGCUGUAGAUCUUAAACUUCAUUGCCGUCAUGAUAAAGGUCCACUAUUGAGCAAGCUGAUUUCAGUUCACAUCAUAAUAGCCAAUUUCCCUAAGUUAAAUUUUAAUAGUAUCUAUAUCUUAGUUUCCUAUAGACUAUCAUUGUGAUUCAAAAAUAUGAAAUUAUUUGAUGAUGAAGUGAUGGUUUGUAUGUCCUGGGAUUUCAGACAUCAACAUGAUUAUCCACUUCUCUGCCAUUAAUAAAAUCCCACUAUUUGAAUAAGAAUUGCUAACUGUACACAGACAUUUUGACAUAAUUAUUAAUUUAAACAGCACCAGUUGUUAACAGAAAAUAACUACAUAAACAUUUUAAAUAACAAUUUAUAUUUUACUUUAACUAUGAAUAAGUAAGGAAUUGUCAUCAGAGAGGAGAAUAUUGUUGAAACAAAUAAAACAGGAUGAAGUUUUGAGUGUCUGAGAUAGUACAUCAAGAAGCAAAUGGAACUAAAAUGUAAAUUAACAUACAUCAAAAUUAAAUGUGUGCAUGAGCAGGAAUUUUGUAUAGAAUUGUUUUGUGCUUGGCAUCAAAAUUCCGAAAUACGGGAUAAUUAUGCCUUUUGCCAAAGGCAUUAAUGAUAUAUCUAUGGUUUAUUCUUGGUUCCAUUUUGUGGUGCCUAUCAGGGCCGGACCUUGACCAUAUGAGUGAGGCCCUAAACUAUGUCAGUUUUAUGAGGCCAAAAAAAUUUGAAAUAAAAAAUGUUAUAUAUGCUG